UGUUUGACGAGCUCUACACUCAUUUCCGUGAACUAGAUUCAGGAAUUCGAUCAAUUCCUGUGCGCCUGCGCUCGACCAGAAUGUAAAAUGUCUUUCAUUGCAUUUCAUCUUUGGGGUUAGACGAGUUUUAUUCUGCAACAUGAGUACGAUCCCAGUGACAAUGAGCAGUGGAAGGGGUCUGGCAGACCGAGGGGCUACGGUUGUACAAGUUUACCCUAAUGACAAUCAGACGUGGCAGGAGGGACCCUUCAACUACACUACCUACCUAGGCAUUGACAGCUUGGGGUGGUGUGACGACUGGAGACAACCGCAGCACAUCCUGUUCCAAUUGGCCAACGUCUGCUGUAUGCUGUCCUAUUCGUCUCCAACCAACCGCAUCGGCAUAGUCUUCAUGCACUCCCUUCUCAUCAUCGGCUACUUCACGUUCUCGGUGUGGGCCUGGAGUAUAGUCUGCGCACCGGACGUGUUCAUCUGGAACCUUUGCUUCACGCUCCUCAACCUCUUCCAACUUAUAUACGUGCUUUAUCAGAUGCGUCCUGUCAAGUUUGAUCCGGAGCUUGAGGAAGUUUAUCACACAUUAUUCCGUCCUUUUAAGGUGACGAGACUGCAAUUCAAAAAGCUCGUAUGUGGAGACCUUGCUCAGAUCAUGUCGUUACACGCCGGGGAAGCGUACGCUAUGCAGGACCUGACACGCACGGACCGGCUUGGCCUCUUACUGACAGGCAAAGUGAACGUACUAUCCGACCAACAGUUCCUUCACCCUAUUCUGCCAUGUGAGUUUCUAGACUCGCCUGAGUUUGAGAGCAGGGCCAAUAUGGAUGAUAAGUUUAAGGUGUCUAUCGUAGCUGCCACCAGCUGUCGCUACCUGUACUGGCAGCGCACUACCUUGGAGUAUUUGUUCGUCAAGGAGACCUACCUGGCCACAGUCAUGUCUACACUAGUAGCUCGUGACAUCACGACGAAACUGUAUGCCAUGAAUAACAAGAUAGUGACCGAGAAGGGUUUUCACUUAGACAUUCGACUUCCAAGCAUCACUUCCUCUUUGUCGGUGAAUCGUGACCGCAAGAGUCCUUCUUUCAAGGCGCUUCUCAGGCAUAACACAGUCCUAGCCGGAGGCUCACAAAAAUCUCCUGAGUCAGUGUCCAACAGCCAAGAAAGGCUGAUCAAGAAUUCUGGGCCACCGGUACCAAACGGUCGAGUUGUAGAAGAAAUGGCACCUCUUCAGGAGUUGCCAUCCAAUGACGACCUUACAUCCAACACUGAGGUCGAGUCCUGGUUGGAGUCUUCUUCCAAGUUCCACAGUUGUGAGGUGGUGGAUGACUGAGACGAGGAUGACGACUGGGACAGUACCCGGUCGUUCUUGACGGCAGAGUUAUGACGUAAUGUGAGAAGGCAGCGAAGACACCUGAGGAUGGUGGGGCUACUGAGCGGAAUGCUGUUCCAGGGGCGGAGCCCCCGACUCACAUGAAGUUAGUUGGGGAAAUACUAAGAUAAUGGAAGUGUUCCAAUCCCAGAAGAAGUCUGGAGGUCAGAAGAGGCAUCAGGAGGAUACCUAAGAAGACAUGAUAUUAAUUGUAACUUUACAGUCCUUGGAGUGAACUAUACUGUUAAUAUUACUUAUGAAACCACCAAUCAACGAAACAAGCACUAGGGUUUCAACAUUGGAGUGGUCAAGAUUGACAAGGGAUGUCAUUUAUCCGUUGAAAUUCGACUGUUAUCUCAAUUAAAAAUUACUCUAAGGAAAAAGUUUCUUUAGGUUUAAAUUGAUACCUACAUUGAGAAUUUGUUACAUCCUAUUUACAAUACUACAUAAAAAUACAACCGAAAUUAGCACAGAAGAACUUGGUCCACAGUUAUUUUAAAUACAUAAAACUAGUUUAACAAUAAACUUAAAGAGUAAUAUUCAGAUAUUUCAAAUUUGAAAUGGAUUUUUUAUACUGUAGUAGUCAAACUUAUAUUUCUGAAAAUUCACGUUAACUUUUAAAUGUAGAUAUAGUGAUAGAUGUUAAUCUAUGGAGCGUUUUCCUAUGUCAAAUACAGUUUUUAUAGUUAAUAAACGAAAAGGGUAACCUUAUACUGAGUUACUGACAAAAGAUAUUUAAUAGAGGAUGCACAAUAACAUUCUAAAAUAAAGGGAUUGUAUUUAAAAGUAUGUAAUUAUUGUUACGUCUUUAUUUGCCUAAAACUGUUUUAUAGUUAUUUUAAAAUUUUAUUUCAAUGAGUAAUUUAUUAUAUUUUUAACAUUCGUCUAGAACGCUAUUUUGUUUGAGUUUGUGAAAACCAACCGCCGCUCAGUUUAUGGCGUCGGACUUUGGAUCUAAGAGAUAGCGCACUUUUAAAUCCAGUAUGUAACUGAACGUUUUGUCAGUAUUACCAACCGUGCCAGUGGCUUAUGAGGACGGAUAGUACAAAGAUAAGGUAUCUUGUCCUCGCCAUUAAGAGGUUGGUGACUAAAACCCAGAUUCAGUUUUUCAAGUGAAAAACUUAUAACGAAUUAAAACGUUGGGUGUUUUAUAGUUUUAUAUUUCUAUAAAUUAUAUACAGUAUAGUUUUAUGAUUUAUAGUUUAUUAUUUUAUAUCUUGUAUAUAUGAUAUUUACAUUCAUAAUACGAUUAUAUAAAUAUAAACCAAUUUUGUUUUAGUGAUGAAAUAUGAAUUAAAAAUCAAAAUUGUGAAUUGUAGUAGAAACUAACAUAUUUUAAUAUCAUUGUAACUUAACUUCUGCUAUUGAGAUAGUUGUUUACUAUUACUAUUACAUCAUAACUAGUAGAAAUAGCAUAACUGAAAAAGUUAGUUUUGAAUUGUAAAUGAAUCAAACUUACCCUAUAUAGUGUUCAGUAUUAUUAUAACUUAAAUUAUAAUAUGAUAGCACAGUAAUUUAUUAUCAGCAGUAUUACAUUAUUGCAAGUACGUAAAAAACUAGUUCACUAAAUUAUUGAUGUAGCCAAGAAUAUUAGGAAAUGCUAUCUACAUAGAUGAUUGUCCAAUAAAUGCAAAAUUGUAGAUGAAUGUAUCAUUUUGAAUUGUAAAAUUAAUAAUUUUAAAUUCUAAGCAAUAGAUAUAUCUUUUCUUUUUUCAAUCUAACAUUAUGUAAAUUUAAUAGUUAAAUUAUUCAUGUGUAAUUAAUGAAAUUACAUAAAGAUUUGUAGACCUUUUACGUUAUUAGGAAACAUAUAGAAAUAUUACUUAAAUUUUGUGCGUUUGAAAAUAGCAGAUCACUUUGGUUUAUCCAGUUUCUUAUUACAAAUUAUUGGACAUUCUAUAAUUGUAUAGUCUUUUACUUCAUAAUAAUGAAAAUAUACUUGCCCUUGUUCAAGGCAACUAAUUAAUUAAUAAUUGGAUCGCAUUAAACCAUUGUUUGAUUAAAAUAAUUAUCUUCAUUCGAAUACAAAAAUAUUUUAAACUAAACUAUAAAGACGAUAUUUCUAAUUUGAACAUUACUCCAUUAGACGCGUAACCUACAUAUUUUAACGCACAAUUUCAAUUGCAAAUUAAUGAGUUGAAGUAUGCUACGAUCUGUUUUUAAAUCCACAUAUUUCGAUGUCUUUAUUAUACUGAAAUUCAAUGCAGAAUGUAAAUAGAAACUAAUAUCAUCUGCACAAUUUACUUUUUUCACUCAAGAAUUUAAUUAAAAACGAUAGUAGUCUAUUUAGUUAGUAAUAAAAAUGUCAUAUAAAUGUAAACAUCGCAAAACGCUAUACAAGCUUUUGUAUAUGGUUGAAGUAUUAUUUUCUGGAUAUUAAGAUGUGCUUUCGUAUUUUAAAAUAACAAUAUCUUAAUUUUAGAUCGUUUAAUUUGGUAAAAUAUUAUUUUAAAUUAUGUAAAUAAGUAUGUUUUUAUUAAUAUAUAAAUAUAAAAUAAAA